AUGUCUUCAUUACUCAAGCUCGUUGUGAGAUUUUCUCAACCUACAUCAUAUAUUUUUCAACCAGUAAUCUUUUUCUCGUCUAUUACUAUAUCAUUUGACAAAAAUCUUAUGCUGUCACGAGAAUUAGUCAAGGAAAUACUUAGGGAUAAGGAAUUACCCUCUAUCAAUUUCAAAGUAUCUCUUUUUAUGAAAAGGGAUGUUGAGACACUUAAAUUAGUAAAGACUUUUCUAGAACAAUACAUUCAACCUGACAUCCAUCACAAAGAGCUUGAGAAACAAAGUUUCGAUAUCAGAAAGAUUGACAAAAUUUUUGAUGAUAUUUGGACAUUUAUUCUCAAAUUGUAUUGGGUUGUAAAGAACGCAAUGGUAAUAACAAGAAUAUAUGAAACUUAUACUGAUACAUUGGUAGAUGAUUUGUUUCAUAUUGUUAGGUUGAAUACUUUUCUUUUGGUGAUUAGAAAUCAUCAAGAAUGUAAACUAUUCAUAGGAGGAUAUCUUUAUUUGUCAGCAGACCCUGAAUUUUUGAUUAAAAUGAUACUCGUCUGUGGUGAUGAAAAUAUGCAUCAAGCUCGCAUGGCUAGGGACCAGACUAUAUAUGCUGUUCACAUCAUCUCAACAUAUGUUACGUUUUACAAGGCUUUGAUCCCUGUACCAUAUUUGAUAGAACUCGAUAAGAGUCUGCCACAAGAACAAUCAGUUGUAAUUUUAAGAUAG